AUGAAUCUCAACACCGAAGCAAACGGGAUCAAUGCAAGUGGUGACCGAACUAUUGGAGCAUCUGAUCCCGAACUCGAAUUCAGCAGGAAGCGACAAAAAAUCGCCCACCUCGAGUCUCGAGUGCAACACAUGACCAGACCAGCACUCGAUAUUGAAAUUGAGAAAUUUGUCGCCGACACAAGUAAACAUCCGUUUACUCCUCGCAUCGCCGAUGUCCGCUUACGUGCACGAGUCGAAAUGAAUCUACAUGAGUUUGCCGGAUACGGAAAUCCAAAGCAGUGGCUCAUUCUCUUCCACGAGUUGAUGCGAAGAGAGCAAUUCGAUUCGCUCGAAGAAAAAGAUGCCCAUUACUGUCAAGCCUUCGUCCAACACCUCAGCAAAGGUGCGCUCAAAUGGUAUUAUAACCUCCCAGUCGGAUCCAUCAACAGCUACAAUGAGCUUUUAGUCGCUUUUGUAAAGCACUAUUCAAUAUUCAUGGUCUAA